AUGCUUGAAAACAACACGGCACGUGAUCGCUCGCACCCCGUCGAGGUUCAUUUGGGACGAGUUGAUGAUCAAUGUUCAUCAUUGAUUCUGUCACUUUCCAAUAUUUCUUCUCAGCUCCCAAAACACCAAUCCAAGUCUCUCAUCAUUUGUUUAGACAAUUCCGGAUCCAUGGCAGGUUCUGGUAUUUCCCAAGCCAAACAAGCCAUUCAAACUCUUUUAGAACAAGUUCAUGGCUAUAACGAACAAGUUAUUCUCAUUACUUUCAACAGCACUGCCACAGUUUUAGAUUUAUCUGGAAAAUCACUGAUACAACAAGUCGAAUGCGUUCAGAAAAUUGAGGCCACAGGUGGAACUAGUUUUUCAAGUGCUUUUCAAGCCAUGACUCAAUUGCACACUCUCGGUCAAGAAGUGGCUAUUGUGUUUUUUACGGAUGGACAAGAUUGUGAAAGUGUUGAAAAAAGAGAACAAGAUGUCAAGAAUUUGACAUGUCGUCUAAGGACGGAAACAAAUGCGUUUGAAUUUCACACGAUUGGAUUUACAAGAGAGCAUGAUGUGCAAUUAUUGACAAAUAUUACACAGUUGGGAUCUUCUCAAGGAAGUUUCCAGUAUGCAGAGUCCUCGUCCAUUAUUGCAUCGUGUGUUGAGAAUUUGAUUGGUUUGGUAAGAAGUCGAUCUCUGUCAGGUGUCCUUAAGGUGGUUCAUUCGGAAGAACAUGAAAAAAUUAUUCUCAGUGAGAAGGUAUCUUUGGAAGAAACAGAGAAUGAUGGAAUCAAAAUUACAUGUUUCUUGAAGAACGAUUUGGUCUUUCAUGAGCCAUCGUUGAAAUUCUUUUUAGAAAUUUCUGGUCUCGAAGAACGAAUUGAAAUUCAAAUUCCUUCCACUCAUUCCGUGCUUUCCCAAAGUGAGCUCAUUUCCUUACAGAUUAAGUAUAUUGAAAAAAAACUCUUGGACUAUGCUGUAGAAAUUUCUUCAAAGACCUUCGACAAGAGUCAGUUGUCAGUCAUUCAUCAAGAAGGUCAACAACUGGAAGAGCGCUUGCUUGAGAUAACCCAAGAAAUUCAACGUAUUAAGGAUAGAAUUCUUAGAAAGAGCUUGUUCACCCUGCGUGAAUCCAUUCACAAUUCCCUUACCAAUUUUAAUCAAGUGUUGGCGGAUGCCAUGGUUGGACAUCUGUCAAAUGACAAAAUUGCCACUUUAAAUUCUCUCGCUUAUCGUUCCAUUACCAAGAGAAGCUUACAAAAGAAAUUGGAUCAACGAGCUCAAGCCAACGUUGCACUUUUUGAAAAAUCCGAACAAUUUGUCAAGGAAUAUGUCAACUCUCUCAAUUUCACUCAACUUCGACAAGAAUUCGAAUCGGAAGCCGAUCAAUUGGGUAGUUGUUUCAUUACUUGUUCUAAUUGGAUUGAUUUAUUAGAACAACAAGAUUGUCUUUGUUUGACCUUAAACGUUGCUCGAACUCAAGCAUGUGUAAUGGAUCCCUCUCGAGUUCAAAUUUUAUCGAUUGGAACUUCCUUAAUGUCUGCUGAGGCGUUUUUGGAUUCAGUUUUAUUUUCACUUGGAAAUACAGAAAAUCAUGCUCAAGUACAUGGAGGAUUUAAGGAUGUUGAAUUGAAAAAGCAAAAUCAAGAGGGACAAAUGACAGCAAGUAUUGUGACAGGAACUGCUCGUGAAGCAAUUACCGGAGUGUUGCCCUUGUAUAUUAAUGAAACACAUUGGAAGGUGGCUAAAGAAAAGAUGAAGUCGAUUAUGGGAUUUGUGGCAACUUUGGACGUUAUGGGAUAUUCAUUCCAACAAAUCAAAACAAUUCCAUUUUUAGUAUUGUCCAAAUUAUUGGCAGCUCCUGAAGAGGAGAGACAAUCUGAAUUUUACAAGUUUCAAUUUAAGCUUGUCUUGGAUACUUGCUUGAAAAUUUAUGACGAGUGUUCUGAAAAUUCGAAUGAAGAAGGAAUCAAGAUGAAUGACGAAGUGGUGUCACUUGUCAAAAAUUACAAUUCCAAUCCACUGACAAGAACGGUCGAUGUUAUUCCAAGUAAUGUGGUCCUUCUUUCUCAACUCUAUUGUGCGAUCAAAAAGGGGCAUUUCGACAUGAACUCUAUUGAUCAUGAUUUGUUCUUCAAGAAUGUUGCAGAAGAAACUUUGAGAAGAAGUGGAAUUCCAAAUAUUGAUUCCAUUUCUGAGAGUCAAUUAUUACAAUUACUCAAUGUCAAUAUUGACACGGUCGUUCAUAAUUAUAUUCAUACAUAUAAGAAGGAGCAUGCACCAAAGAAGGACAAUCGUGUUAUGCCAUUUCCAUAUUAA